AUGCAACCAAUCAGUGAACAAGAAUCUUCUAGAAACUGCGACGAUCACGUCUGGGCCGAUGUAUCCCCUCUCCUCUCCGCCGCCUGCACUCAUCUCAAUGAUGGCGAGCUCAUUCACGGAGAUAACUUCAAUCUUUUCGCCGCCAUGUCUGCCUUAGAGAUAAUGGACCCAAAGAUGGAUUCCGGUAUGGUGUCUGCAUUUUAUUCAAUCGAUGAAGCUAUCGAAAGUGGCUUUGCUCCCGUCCCUAUAAGCUCUGAUACGAGUGUUAAUGUGGAAAGCAUUAUCGACAUUAUGGACCAUCUUCUUGUGUGCGAGGCGACGUGGCACACGGGGCAUUCAUUGGCACAAACUGUGUUUUCAUGCUUAUAUGUUCUGAGGCCUGAGAGGACUUCUUCGGAUCCUCUGUUGCAUUCUUAUUGUAGGGUCGUUCGAGCAACUUGCAGGGCUGUUGUUUCUCUUGUUUCCGAGGCACGCACUAAUGAAGAAGAGGAUCUUCUUACCAUGACGUAUGGGCUUCCUUUCAGUGGAGAUGAGGAUGCCAAGGGAUUGUCACUCUUAAAUGCGGUCGAAGAAACAAUUUGUCGUCAGCUGCGUGCUUGUAAGGCCACAUCAUCAAAAAGGAAAUCGUUGAAAGAAUUGGAACCUCUACAAACUAAUCCCCAUUUGGAAGAGAGCUUUUGCAAAGCUUUGUUAUGCCGGUUACGUUUCCGUAAGCAUUUUCUGCACAUUCUGAAUUGUAUGAAAAGACCACAAGGACGGGGCUUUGAAUUGGCGAGGAAACACAUAGUAUCUUGCUUAUCAGAGCUAGAUUCAGUUCUGGAGUCAGCGGAAUUUCUAAGCUUAGAUCUUGUUAAAAAUGGCGAAAACGAGAUAGAUGAAAGGACAACUGCGUCAGGUCGUUACCCAAUUGGAUUUGAUCCUACUUUAAACAAAAGAUUAUCAGCUCCAACCCCACCGCGUGACAUUAAGCUUCUUUCUUGGAAAAAGGCUCUUGACUAUUAUGUGAAACUUCUUCACAAUCUGGAUCAGAUCUGUGCAUUGUCAAUGGAACCGGAUUUGGAUUUUGUCUUGCAGUUUGUCAUUCAGUUUCAAAAAUCUCGCCCUGAUUUGGUUUCGAGGGCUCAUCUACAGCUUCUCCUUGUGCAAGAUGGGAAACUUUAUGGCCGUGAUACCUUUUUCGAUAUUUUUGCCAGAGCUGUUGCAUUAGAUGUCACAAAAGACCAUGUCCUUCAAAAGAAUGAGUACAUUCUUCAACUUAGUCAGUUGAUGAUUAAUCUUCUUAAAAUACUCUGUGCUAAUACCCCAUGGCAGAGGCGUAAGCUUGGAAAAAUCUUAAACGACUGGAGCAUAUUCAAUGUGCAGAUGGGGAUUAAUGUUAGUCAGGCGAUGCAACAAGAUAAAUCACGCACUUCGAAAAAUGGGGAUAAGUCUCUGCUCAUUUUAAAUCAGAUUCAUGGUUGGUUAGAAGAGCAAAUUAAUUGGGUGGCCCUUCGCUUUCUUAUACUCGGGUUUGAGCUAGAGCUCUACUCUCCGAGUGAAUUUUGCAUGGUGUAUUGGUACAUGUAUAUUACACUUUGUAAGCUCGCUGAAAGAGCACGUGUCAGGGUAUUAAUUGUAGUUAGCACUGAGGAACGGAAGGCAAAGAAGAAUAAGAAUUAUCAUAGGAAUAUGGCUCGGGAAGAUCGGAUAAGUCUAUGGGUAUUGCUUCUCCAGUGUCAGACUUGCCUUGCACAAGGGCUCACGGUGAUGCUUUCGGCUUUAAGAAAUCAAGGGAUGUGUUUAAAGAGUGAAGGACCUUUUAAUACUGAAAGUGAGAAAUUCACUCAGCAUUUUGAACUCCUCCAGAAGGCAUCGCUUCCCGAAUAUGAUGCAUAUGAAUCAUUUACAAAGUCCACAUCUCAUACUCGUCUCGACUACCUUCCUGUGCAAGAGUACUUCCGCAACGCUCAAAAGAUCGCUAGAGACAUAAAGGUCGGUUUCGCCAAAGAUCCUGAUAAAUUGGCUGAAGUCAGGGGACUAGAACAAGUCGCGGAACACAAUAUUGUUGCUGUGAACCUCAUCAGUCAGGACAGUUCGCUUAAGGUGUCGUUUGAGUUCACCCACCAUCCUUAUUUCGCCACUGCUGUUGUCCGUAGAUCUUGA